GAACAAAUGAGUGCUCUUCAAGUGAAAUUGGAUGAAGAAGAGCAUAAAAACCUGAAGCUUCAACAGCAGGUUGACAAGCUAGAGCACCAUUCUGCCCAGAUGCAAGAGCUCUUCUCUUCAGAAAGAACCACAUGGGCCCAACAGCAGCACGACCACCUCUCACACUUGAAUAUCCUCGGAAAGCAGCUUCAAGAUACCCAGACCAAGAAUGACUGUAAGUGUGAGCAGCCUGGGAUCUUGUGA